AGUUCUAAAAGAUGAGUCGUGGAUAUUCAGAGAACAACAAUUUCUUGAACAAUAACAACCAAAUGGUAUUGGACAUGAUCCUUUAUCCAUUAAUUGGAAUCCAUCAGACCAUCAACUGGGAAACUGUGGCAAGGCUUGUGCCUGGAUUAACACCCAAAGAGUGUGCAAAAAGGUUUGAUGAACUGAAGAGCAGUGGAAGUUCCCCUGUUGACAACCAGUAUAGUCCUCUAAUGGCUGCUGGACAGAGUCCUGUGGAAACUUUAGCCACGUAUAUCAAAUCCUCCCUUCUUGACAUGCAAGGAGAAUUUCAGGUGACUCCGGUUGGUCAAGAUGCAAUUUCCAAAGCAAGAAGACAUAGUAUAGCUUCCACAAGGAAUUGUUCUUCAGAAAGUGAAAAUUGUACUACUCGUAAUGGUGGAGAAAAGACUGAAGAAUCUGAAGGGCCAAACAUGGUGAUCCAUGUAUGUGAUGAAGCAAAAAACUUGAAAGAAGAUUUUAUUUGCCCACGAGAUCUUUUGAUAUCAGAAAUGAAGUACUUUGCUGAAUAUUUAUCUGUGGAUGCCCAGCGCUGGGAAGAGGUGGACAUUUCAGUUCAUUGUGACGUUCACAUUUUCAACUGGUUGAUAAAAUAUGUUAAAAGGAACACUAAGGAGAAUAAAGAUUGUGAGAUGCCCACUUUAGAGCCAGGAAAUGUCAUUUCAAUUCUUAUUUCUUCAGAGUUUUUGAAAAUGGAUUCAUUGGUUGAACAAUGUAUUCAGUAUUGCCACAAAAAUAUGAAUGCCAUAGUAGCUACCCCAUGCAACAUGAACUGUAUUAAUGCAAAUCUUCUUACACGUAUAGCUGAUCUAUUCACACACAAUGAAGUUGAUGAUUUAAAGGACAAGAAGGAUAAAUUUAGAAGUAAACUUUUUUGUAAGAAGAUUGAGAGACUUUUUGAUCCUGAGUACUUGAACCCAGAUUCCCGGAAUAAUGCGGCGACGUUAUACAGGUGCUAUUUGUGUAAGAAACUUUUAACAAAAGAAACAGAAAGAAGAAUUCCUUGCACUCCUGGAAAAAUCAAUGUGGAUCAACAUGGAAAUAUUAUCUACAUUCACAUAAGGGAUAAGACUUGGGAUGUUCAUGAAUAUUUGAAUAGUCUUUUUGAAGAAUUAAAAUCUUGGAGAGAUGUAUAUUGGCGCUUGUGGGGAACAGUCAACUGGCUAACUUGUUCAAGAUGUUAUCAGGCUUUUCUCUGUAUAGAAUUUUCACACUGUCAAUAUCAUUCAGAAACAGUGGUUUAUCCUACUGCAGCAAGUUCACUGAGUACUGUUGGCACUGGUAUUUAUCCCUGCUGUAACCAAAAGGUUCUUCGGUUUGAUCCCACUCAGCUUACAAAGGGCUGUAAAGUGAAGGACCACGUUGUUGCUCUUCACGAUCAAGGUGAAGGUGGAGAUUUGCCAUCCUGUCCGACUGAUAAAAUACUGGACGAUCUGCACAAACACAAAGAUGUCAUUGUUGUGCCUUUUUCUAAAGAUACAGUUAGUGAUUCUGAGGUUGGUCCCUGUGAUGAAAAGGGUCUAGAUUGUGAUGUUUUACUGGAGCCAAAUGCACCAUGGGGCCCCAAAAGUGGGGAGCUCAAUGCUUUUUUGUCACUGAAAAACUGGACUCUGCAACUGAAACAACAAUCGUUAUUUUCAGAAGAAGAAGAAUAUACCACUGGAUCUGAGGUCACUGAAGAUGAAGUUGGAGAUGAAGAAGAAAUAUCCAAGAAACAAAGGAAAAAGGAAAAGCCAAAGAAGUUCACAAAACAACCAAAAAAACAGAUGUCUUCACCCUGUGGUCAGAAGAAAGAAAAGGCGUUAGAGAAGUCAACUUCUAGAGAUGUGUCUCCUUUCAUCGUGAGUAUGCAGAAGAAUAAAUGGGAUGCCACAAGAUCCUUGAGAUUCAACCAGGAUGCACAAAGGGAAGAUGAUCAGCGGCGGAUGUCUGAAAUUACAGGGCACCUAAUAAAGAUGAGAUUGGGUGAUCUUGACCGAGUCAAGUCAAAGGAAGCAAAAGAAUUUGCAGGAGGUAUUUAUUCCAGACUCGAAGCGCAAAUCAAGGCCUCAGUGCCAGUAACUGCACGGCAAAGCAGCUCAGAAAAAAAUACAAGGUCUAAAAGCCGUUUUGGUCCAGGGCGUCCUGCAUAAAUCACCUUAACUAUAACUAAAAAGACAGAAGACACACCUCUGGACAUCUGAAAUUGCUCAAUUCUUGAAGAUCUUCAGAACAAUGACUUCUAAAUGUUUUAAGUUAUUUAUUAAUUAUUCUUGCAAACCACAUAAAUCAUAGUGCUGAGGGAAAUGUAUAGUUAGGUCUUCUGAAAUCCAAAAUUGUAAAUAUGAAACUUCUCAAAUCUGAUUUUCCUUUAAUGUGAUACUAGGCUAUGUAGAAAAUUAGUAUUUACAAAUUUGCAUAGUUAAGGCUCCUGAUAUUUGUUAUCCUUUAUUUAUUUGAAAGAGAAGA